AUGAGUCCCGACAAGGUGGUUAGCAAUGGCGGCAGUGGUGGUCAUCAGAAGGUAUCCGCCUUGCCACCUUCCUCCUCCUCCUCCUCAUCCUCCUCAACCUCCACUUCGACCUCUUCAACUCCUUCUUCGAGUUCAACUGACGUGAAGACAACUAAUGGAAAGACCAACGGAAGCUCGCCCACUCCACCACCACCAGGGGCAACCACUCAGCAGCUGCUUCCCCUGAACAGCUCUCCAGUACCUCCACAGUUUCGAAAGCGCAGCUCGACGACGGUGCCGCCGAUGGUGCACCGCAGCACCGGUGGCGCCAGCAUCAUCAACAAUCCCAAUGAGCACAUCGUCUACCGGCUCGUCCUUACCGGCGGCCCCUGCAGCGGCAAGACCACCGGCCAGGCGCGACUCUCCACCUUCUUCGAAAAUCUCGGCUGGAAGGUCUACCGUGUACCGGAAACGGCCACCACUUUGUUUAGCGGCGGCAUCCGCUUCCCCGACAUGACCCAGGAGGAGGGCGAAAAGUUCCAGGAGAACUUGAUCAAGGUGAUGAUCGCCAUGGAGCGGACCUUCUUCACGCUGGCCAGCACCUGCAAGCAAAAUUGCAUCGUCAUCUGCGACCGGGGCAUCAUGGACGCCACCGCCUACAUGAGCAAGGAGAGCUGGGAGAAGGUGCUGAAGGGGAACGGGUGGAAUGCGGUGGAGCUGCGGGAUAACCGCUACAAUCAGGUGGUCCAUCUGGUGACCUCGGCCAGCGGAGCGGAGGCGUACUACAACUGCGAGGACAAUCCCUGCCGGACGGAGGGGCUGGAGCAGGCACGGGAGCUGGAUCGCCGGACUGCGGAGGCCUGGGUCGGCCACCCGUACAUCGACGUGAUGGACAACAGCACCGACUUUGACACGAAGAUGCGGCGGAUGAUCUCGGCGGUGUGUCGGAGGAUCGGUCUGCAGGCGGGCGACCGCCANAAGUUCCUGGUGCGGACGCCGCUGCCGCCCGAGUCGGCCUUUCCCAGCUACCAGGACUUUGACGUGGUGCACGACUACCUGAUCACAGCCAAUCCGAAGAUUCAGUCGCGGCUGAGGAAGCGAGGGCAGAGCGGCAAUUGGAGCUACCAGCACACGGUGAGGCGGUCGGCGGGAAGCGGCGGUGACCGGGAUGGCAGUUCGCAGCUGGUCGAACUGCGUCGGCAGAUUAGCCACCGGGAUUAUGUGACAAUGCUGGCGCAGCGCAGCAACAACCACCACACUGUCUACAAGGUUCGACGGUGCUUUCUCUGGCAGCAGACCUACUUUCAGCUGGACAUCUACCGCCAGCCGUGCAACAGCCGCUGCGUCGGCCUGGUCAUCCUCGAGACGUACACGACGCUCAGCGCCGAGGAGCUCAGUCUGCCGCCUUUCUUAGGGAUUGUCCGCGAGGUGACCCAUGACACCGAGUUCAGCAUGUACAACCUCUCUUCGAUGUCCCGCUGUCCCAGUGGGGGUGAUGGUGGAAAAA